AUGAAAAUCCCAAAUAACCCUGGAGCAGGCGAAAAUGCCCAAGAGCCAAUUUACAUAAAGGAUGAUGACGGAUAUGACAUAGACACAUUUCUAAUACCUGUUCACUAUAAAAAUUACAUCACGAAAGUGUUAAUACCUAAUGGAGUUUUAAAGAACAGGAUAGAAAAAUUAGCAUUCGACAUUAAAAGAGUGUAUAGGAAUGAAGAAUUUCAUGUGAUAUGUUUGUUAAAAGGAUCAAGAGGAUUCUUUAGUGCUCUGUUGAAAUACUUGAAUAGGAUUCAUAAUUACAGUUCAACUGAAUCACCAAAGCAUUUAUAUGUAGAACAUUAUGUACGUGUUAAGUCAUACUGUAAUGAUCAGUCAUUAGACAGAAUUGAAAUUGUUAGUGAAGAUUUAUCAUGCUUAAAAGAUAAACAUGUUUUAAUUGUUGAAGAUAUUAUUGAUACUGGAAAAACCUUGUCCAAAUUUUGUGAAUAUUUAAAAAAAUUUGAAGUGAAAACAAUUGCUAUUACGUGCUUAUUUAUUAAAAGAACUCCAUUGUGGAAUGGGUUUAAAGCUGAUUUUGUUGGAUUUUCCAUACCCGAUGCAUUUGUCGUUGGGUACAGCCUUGAUUAUAAUGAAAAAUUCAGAGACCUUGAACAUUUGUGCUUAGUUAAUGACGAAGGGAUAAAAAAAUUUAGAGCAACUCCCAAUCCUUGA